AAAAAAGUUAUAUUUUUCACUUUCUUAUCUUUCUUGAUAAGAGAUCAGAGAGUCUGUUGUUUUAUCUCAUCUUAUCUCCUUAUACAGAGGCAGCUUGACCCAUAUAUAUCACUCUAUGUAAAAGUUAAAUGAGUUUUUUUAGUUGUUAAAGAAAGUCGCAAGAAAACGUACAAUGCUGCAAGCUUCGAAAGUUCUGCAAUUUUCACCUAAUUAUUUGUCGUCUAGAAAUAUCCUGACAAUGGCUUCAGCAGCAUCCACGGAUGUGCAGGUGUCCGUCACUCCAUCAUCCUGCCUUCAUGAUGAGCCUGUGCAAAUCAGGGUGGAAGGACUUUCACCUAAUCAGGAUGUUACUCUUAAUAUGUCUAUGAAGGAUACCAGGAAUGUUCAUUAUAUUUCAACUGCUCAUUAUAGAGCUGACAGCAAUGGACAAGUGGAUGUGGAAAGUAUGGAGUCCUUAGGUGGGAGUUACACCGGGCAUUUUCCCAUGGGGCUUAUUGGCACCUUGCACCCUGCCCCUUCAGAGUACAAGUUCACUCGCUUCUUCAAGAGGGACGUCCUGAACCCUAACAUUUUAGAGUUAAGUGUAUUUGAUAGACACCUGACUGAAGAGGAAGUGUGUGCCCCCGAGAGUGAGAAAGCCUUGGCCAGUACAAAGCACGAACGUCACUACAUGGGGCCAGGAGUUCAGCGGAUCCCAGUGCGCUAUGGAAAAGUUAGGGGGACUCUCUUUCUCCCAGCAGGCGAGGGUCCCUUUCCUGGCGUAGUCGACAUGUUUGGAACGGCAGGCGGCCUCUUGGAGUAUCGGUCGGCACAGCUGGCGUCAAGAGGAAUUGCCGCGCUGUCCCUCGCCUUCUUCGCAUAUGACGACCUGCCCAAGACACUGGAGGAAUUCAACAUUUCAUAUUUCGAGGAAGCCGUGGAGUUUCUUCUAAAGCAUGAAAAGGUGCGUGGUCCAGGGGUAGGGGUCAUUGGAACUAGCAAAGGGGGAGACCUGGCUUUGUCCAUGGCAGCAUUUAUUCCGUCUAUUAUAGCUUGUGUUACAAUCAAUUGUUACAACUCUCCAAUCGGUGUGGGAAUACGUGUUAAGGACCGUCUCUAUCCGUGUCUGCCAGACCAUGAUUAUCAAAAAAUUUGUCUCGAUAAUGAAGGUGCCGUUGUCAUACGCAGAGACGUGCGCGACCCUCGUAAAAGCAAAGAGUCAACCCUCCCCAUCGAACAGAGCAAUGCAGCCUUCUUGUUCCUUGUGGGCAGCGACGAUCAAAACAUACACUCGGAAUUCUAUGCCCAAUUGGCCUGCCAGCAACUGCGCUCACACAACUUCCAAAAGUGGUUUGAGGUCUGCUCGUACCCUGGAGCUGGCCAUCUCCUGGAGCCACCGUACUCGCCUCAUUGCUCGGCAUCAUUCCAGCACACCUUCAUGCUGCCAGUCCGCUGGGGGGGGAGGGGCAAGUUCCACAUCCUUGCGCAGGAGAAAGCUUGGUUCAAGAUGAGGGAGUUUUUGCUCCAACAUUUAGGCUGCGACAAUAAUGUGGUGAAAGAAGCAGACUGUCAGAAAGUUGCAUUUUUGAAGAGUCAUUUGUAAUUGGUUUACUGAGCAUUGUAACUUGUGCAGUAUAUUUACCAUUGAAGGUCUGGAUAGGAAAGUGGUUGAAAAAAUAAUGACUUUUCAAGGUUGGGAAAAUCAUAGGUACCAUUAUUGGAUAUAAGGCUAUGAUCCAGUCACCCUUUCUUUUUCUCUCUCUUCUUGUUGUUAGUAGUAGUAAUAGUAAUAGUAGUCUUCUUCUUCUUCUUCUUCUUAGUCUUCUUCUUCGUCUUCUUCUCCUUCUUCUUCAUCUUCUUCAUCUUCUUCUUCCUCUUCUUAGAUAAUUUUCAAAGUGAAUAGAGGAUAACUGGAAUUACAUAUCUAUGAAAUUGCAGAAUUCCAUCAGUUGUAGAGAAAACCAGUUAAAUGCAAUCCUAAUAACAUAUUUCCAUGGCUGGCUCCUUCAUGUAUGCUAUACUGUUGACACUUCCAUUGAUGGCUGUAAAUAAUGGAAUACUGUAAUUCCUAUAAGAAGUGCCUUCUUGUUCUUGUAUUUAUACUAUUUAUACUGUUUGAGGUGAGCUUUUGAAUUAGCACUCUAAGCUAGACAUCUCAAUCAUAUCAACAUGUGUGAUAUAUAUUUAAGUAAUUAUUGAGUUUGUGAAUUUUUUUUUUAACAUCCAUACAUGGUACAGAUAUGGUUUCUACAAGGAUAGAUAUUUAUUAGUUUUCAGUCGAGUCUUUCCUCCAGUGAUGUGAUAUCUCUUAGUCUUCAGUAAAUAAAGUUGUAGAGUUUUGAAUAGAGUGAGUUAUUUCACAAGAUCAAGUAUUCAUUAUUUUUAUUCUACACUCUUUAUUAGAUCUAUUCAGUCUUGAAGGCUUGAAAGUUGAUACACUUGAGUACUUGAUCUAUGCAUGUGAAAUUUUUCAUUUUCUUUAGUUGCUUCUCCACUUUCGUUCCUGAAUAGAGGAAGCGUUGUUGAAUCAUUUGUUGUAUUCUAGCUUUUAAUCUGUUGGAUCCGGGUGAUUUGCAGCCCAUACUGAAUUCCAGGCAUUAGGCUUUUGUGAGUAGUGAGUCUCCCAGGUGUGUGUGGCUUGUAGGCCUGGAUCACACAAACACUCAUGUGCAUUAUCAAGAGACUUUGCCUCCCCAUUGCAAUGCUAUUGUCUCUUUUUCUGAAUAAGUAAUACUUUUGCUUUUUUUGCCAUUUUCCAAGAUCUUUAUUUGUCUUUUCAUGUACUGUAUCAAAACAAUUACAAUAAGUAACAGUGUUAUUUGUGUCAUUUUUGGAAUGUUCAUAUGAAAUUUUAUGGAGCAGACCCUGCACUGCCAAUCAACGCAGACAGUAAUAGGAUCCUGAGCAUGAGCUUGGAAGGAGUGUCUUUCCUGAAACUGGCACUCUUUCAACCUUGGCUCUUGGAUGAUACAUUGCAACCACAUUUACUGGUGGAAAUAAUGCAAGGGUCCCUCCUUAAAUUGCCACUGAAUCCAAUCUUCCUCUAAGAGCUUUGUGCACAUGUGAUGGCACAUUCCCGUCAACCCGGCCCUCAGCCUAAAUUUUCCUGUUUCCUGGCCCUCAGCCUGAUUUUUUUUUUUUUCAUGAUAGGACAGUCAUGUCAUCCAGAUCCAAUUGGUUAAUUUUUAAUGUGCACCCAUAGAAGGAUUCCAUUCAUGUAAAGGUCUUAGGAAUAUGAGUAUUUAACAGGAUUUAGAAAGAUGAUAACAGAAUAAUAAAGGUUAUAGUAUAUUUAGGGUUGUAAUUGUGAUAUUUUUUUUUUACAUGUAUACAUUUAUAGAUUUAGAAAUCUAUAGAACAAAAUAGUAUUUUUUAUUCAACUCUAUAGACUAUAUGUUGUUGUUUUUUUAAUUGGAAAUGUACAUAAAUGAAACUUAUAAAUACAGCAUUUAUUUUAUGGUAAAGAAA